AUGCUGCAGUCGUUGGCCAGCAGCUCAUGCGUGCCGCUGGUGGAGCGGCACCGCUCGGCCUGGGUCUUCGGCUUCCUGGUGGUGGGCUACUUGCUCUAUCUGGUGUUCGGCGCCGUGGUCUUCUCGUCGGUGGAGCUGCCCAACGAGGACCUGCUGCGCCAAGACCUGGCUAAGGCGAAGCGGCGCUUUCUGCAGGAGCACGAGUGCCUGACCGAGGAGCGGCUGGAGCAGUUCUUGACGCGGGUGCUAGAGGCCAGCAGCUACGGCGUGUCGGUGCUCAGCAACUCCUCCGGCAACUGGAACUGGGAUUUCACCUCGGCGCUCUUCUUCGCCAGCACGGUGCUCUCCACCACAGGUUACGGCCACACGGUGCCCUUGUCAGAUGGGGGUAAGGCCUUCUGCCUCGUAUACUCUGUCAUUGGGAUCCCUUUCACCCUCCUGUUCCUGACGGCAGUGGUCCAGCGCAUCACCCUCUACGUCACUCACAGGCCUGUUUUCUACUUCCACACCCGCUGGGGAUUCUCCAAGAACACCGUGUCACUCGUGCACGCGCUUAUCCUCGGAUCUGUCACCAUGUCCUUGUUCUUCUUCAUCCCGGCAGCUGUAUUCUCUGUCCUGGAGACUGAUUGGAACUUCCUGGAAUCCUUUUAUUUUUGUUUCAUUUCCUUGAGCACCAUUGGCCUAGGGGAUUAUGUUCCUGGAGAAGGCAGCAAUCAAAGAUUCAGAGCACUCUAUAAGUUUGGAAUCACAUGUUACCUGAUCCUUGGUCUCAUUGCCAUGCUGGUGGUUCUAGAAACUUUCUGUGAACUCCGCGAGCUGAAAAAAUUCAGAAAGCUCUUCUACGUGAAGAAGUUCAAAGGCGAGGACCAAUUACACAUACUGGAGCAUGAUCAGCUCUCCUUCUCCUCCAUCUCAGACCAAGCAGCUGGUCUGAAAGAGGACCAGAAGCAGAAUGAGCCCUUCGUGGCUGCCCAGCUGGCUGCCCACUCCGAUGGCUCUGCUAGCAACUAA